UGCGACGAUGUGCUCGAAGCUGCAAAAACGUUACCAGAAGCCAUGUUAAAAAACGUGGCUUCAAUAGCGUUUCAAGUGGGCACUUGCUUUGGGAAAAAUGGAAGCUUUGUUGAAGCGGAAUGGCACUUCAGAAGAGCUCUGCAACUUAGACCUUCUAAUGCCAUGUAUCACGCUAACAUAGGGGUGCUAUACCAACGCUGGGCCCGAUACGAACUGGCAGAAUACUACUACGACAAAGCACUGUCACUUGAAGAAAACGAGCUCGUAGAGAUUAACUUGAAAGCGGUCCAGGAAAAGCUAAACAGGACCAGCGCACUUGGGUAA